CCUCUUCCUUCGGACCCAGAUCCUACCUUUCCUUUUCGAAGCCACUUUGAGAAGAAGAGUAUCUUUCCCAAUCCGAAGAAGGGUCUACAGAAGAUAAUUCGCGGCGAAACCAAAGAACUGCGUCUUCAGAGAAAGGAACAGGCUGAACUCGAUCGGAUUCUUAAACCAUCUUCUCCCUUAGCUCCUUCCACUUCGUCCCAACUAUCGACCGCUUCUGCAGCGUUUGUGCCCUCCACUACUUCUUCUUGCUCUGUUAGCACAAAUUCCGCCCAAGUUACUACUCCAAAAUAUACUUCCCCCGAGUGGCAGGAGUUUCAGGCACUGACUGCCCGCAUCCAAGCCACUGUAGAGAAGACGGCCUCCAGGCUCCAGAUUAGCCAGCCAAGCGUCCAGUUAUCUGAGGAACAAUCCAAACCGGCUACACCCGACAGUAUACUGGUUGAUAUCAACCCUGAAGAGAAUAUAGCCAAACAACCACUGGUUAUAGAUGGAUCCGGGCCAACGACUGGUCAAACCAAUGAAGCACCUACAUCGUUGAAUGACCUUUGUGCCUUGGGAAUCCACGUCGGAGGUCUGGGAUACCCAGAAGAGGACAAGGCACAAAUAUCCAGCUAUCACACUCGGCUAGAGCUGCUUGAGUCCGACAACCGAGAGGUCGUGUCUUCAGAAGAAUCAGAUCCUAUAAUUUCGGCCGAGAUACCAGAAGUUGUUAAGACAUUUAUAGCUGGACAUUCGGAUGCAGCCAUUCCAUCAGUAAAAGCGCUACAGCCAGAAUCCUUUGAAAAAGAAGUUGAAGUAAUAAGUCAUGCUACCACCGAACUCAGAGAAACUUCACCAAUUCGAUCAGAAUCUCCAGGUCUUCCGGAGUCUUCUAGCAUAACUGAGGAAUUGCCUGAGGUAAUCUUGAAAUAUUUAACAGGUCAUCUCGAACCCCAGGAUCCGUCCACAACUGCUAAGGAGCCAAUUACUCAGGGUCAUUCAGCUUCGAAACCGGACCUAGACGAUCAAUGUGAAGAGCCGGCCGGUCAACACUCUUACCCCUCUCAAGUUUGCUUAUCGAGUGAAGAGGCCAUCCCUUCGAAACCACUAUCAGGCUAUCUAUUUGGUCGCAAUGCUUGUACACAACCCGGUUUAGGCCCAUUCACCUCCUCGUAUGCGACCCCGACUCCAAUCCAACCGAUCGGCACCAGCAUCACACCGAUACCGCGACGCCGAGCGGCUGUAAAGCGUCAGGAGACCCUUUCUGGUAACAACCCUUUUAGAACCACCUCAGAGGCAAAACAAAUGGAGGGAGCAAAGGAAACUAUUGGCAACGAAGUAGCAUUGCAAGAGGGAAUAGAAUCAAACGCCAGGACUACAGAGGAUAGUACUUUUUGUUGUACGAUUUCUGAUUCAACUGAGAACUUCGAGGAAACGGAAACACAUAUAAUUCAGGAGGCGCUGAAUCCGACUGACUUUGACCCACUAAAGACCAUCUAUCCCGACGACUCUGCCUCCUCCGUCUCGGAGGACGAGGAGCACGCGAUAAAGGUGCAAAUUAAAGCAGUAAUGCGAGAAUGUGGAGAUGGUGCCGACUACAGAUUUGGAGAUGAUCGCGGCGAUAUAUCUAUGAUCCCAGCAUUGUCUGCCCCGCCGAAGCCUGUCGUCAAGGCAUUUCAGGGCAGUCUUAACAGUGAUGAAGGCGAAUACGACAAAGAGGCGUCGGUUAACUUGGCCUGGGCGGUCCGAGAGGAGCUGCCUCCCACUUGGCUUGGUUCGGACCCAAACGCCUCACUUACUCAGACUAAGGAGGAAUGCAUUAACCCCGAAAAGUCGGACAACUUAAUUGAUAGAAAUGACGAAGAUACCAAUUUCUUUCAUGUAAACUGGAAUGAAGCAACUAUCGCAAACGCACCAAUCAGCAUUGAUCGAACACCAGUGCCACCACCUCGGCCAGACUCCCCGGAAUCGCAGCUGGACAUCCCCUUCUAUGAAGUGGCCCCAGCCACUACUUCAUGGCGUAUCUGGAUGAGGUAUCCUGAUAAAAAGUCGAAACUGAAACAAGCAAAUAGAUAUUUGAGCGACCGUACUUGGAAGCCAGUGGGCGUACUACUGGGGGAGGAUCACGACCGAAUGACGAUCGACAUCUACGAUUUUAUCAACUCUGAAAGUGGUGAGCUAUCCAGUCAGCCGCUUCGAUCAGUUCGCGUGGAGCCGUACAUGCAAUUGUCACGUGACAAACUUCAGCAAUAUGAUAAGUAUGGAAAGUUGCAUAUAUUCAAAGUAAACCAUGUCUCUUAUAAAGAAUUGGUCGGUAUCAGGCCCGAAAAGUUCUCCCUCAAAAAUAUCCAGCACUUGGUCACUCACAAACCUAAACAGAACAUUGCGGUCGAUCAUAUUCCUAUCUACACCGAGUACUUGAAAUUUGGAUCUAUGGAUCAGGCGAAUCUGCGCACCCUCAUGGCUGCCAUAGACAACGGACUUAUGAGUAUCCCAAGGCACAGAGACGCCAGUUUGAGCUACAGCCGUGAAGAGGUCUGUGUGUACGUGACUGACGAGUAUUUGGGUGCACUCACUUUUGACGGACACUACAGGUUUCAGAAGGCGAGGACUCGCCUCCGCUGUACUGCUUUUGUCAACGGCGGCCCUCACAUAAUCCUGGGAAUCAAUGACAAAUGGCGCUAUGGUCGCGAAGUGGUGCGUCGAUCUGACAUCAUGCCAAUCAUGCACGACGACUGGAUCAGCAUCCGCAAGCCGGAAUUCCACAACUGUGUUGAGAUGGAUGACUACGAUACGGAUCACAUGAUCAAAUUCUAUCCACUGGAUGGCUGCCGGUUUGAGUUGCUUCGGUUCCGCGUCGCACUACGACCGAAUAGUGAGCUGCCAAUGCAGCUUCACACCAUAUACUCAAUUGGUGCCAGGCGCGUCGACAUGCGGUGUGAGCUCUUAGUGCCAGGCUACUUCAGUGCCAGUCAUCGGUCUGGGGCAGUGCCCUGCGAAGAUGUGGAGAUCCGAAUCCCAGUGCCGGAAGAUUGGAUAUACCACUUUCGUGUAGAGAAGCAUCACAAGUACGGCUCGGUUCACUCAGCUCUGAGAAAGCCAGGCCGAAUCAAGGGUCUCGAGCGGAUCACGCAGCUUGCUCAAAGCCUUCUUCCUCCAAACCUUCUGGAAGCCAGCAUUGGGCUAGCCAAGUAUGAACACCUUUAUAAGGCGAUUGUAUGGCGGAUCCCGAGGCUGCCGGAGAAGCACGAGGGUAAGAUGUGA